CAAACAUGGCUCCCUCUUCCUUUGUCUCCAUUUCCAUUCUGUUAGUAGCAUUGGUUCUUUGUAUCUUCAUGCAUGCCACAACAAUGGUUAAUGCAGCUGUCUCUAUGGCAGCUUCGAAAUCACCAGCGCUAGAACUAGAAGCGAAGGCUCUGAUGGAGACUAGGUGGUGGAUUUUUCCUUCCAACGGUAAAUACUUAAGUCAUUGCCAGUGGUAUGGCAUUACAUGCAAUGAUGGCGGAAGCGUCACAGAGAUUGACAUGGCUAGGUUCUAUCUAGGAGAUGAGAUAAGUAAAUUGAACUUCUCUUGCUUCCCGAAUUUGAUCCGUCUCAGUCUUUCUCUCACGGGACUUCGGGGGAGCAUCCCACAUGAGAUAGGUACACUUUCGAAGCUUACCUACCUUGAUCUAUCCAACAAUGUUCUGGAAGGUGAGUUGCCUAUUUCACUUGCAAACCUCACUCAAUUAGUGACAUUUGACCUUUCUCAUAAUCUAAUCAAAGGUUCCAUCCCCAAAGAAUUGGGAAAUUUAAAUAAUCUUCAAGAUUUAAGUCUAAAUAAUAACAAAUUCACUGGACCAAUCCUUUCAGCUCUUGCUUUUUUAACCAAUCUUUCCAAUUUGGAUUUGUCUUUUAAUGAAAUCAAUGGUCCUAUUCCCCUAGAAUUAGGAAACAAUAAGAAUUUGAGUUCCUUGAACCUCAAUAAUAACAGGCUUAUUGGCUCCAUCCCUUCUUCUUUGGGCAAUUUAACCAACUUGGUCACUUUGUCUCUUCAUUUGAACCAAAUCAAUGGCUCCAUCCCUUCUUCUUUGGGCAAUUUAACCAAUUUGGUCACUUUGUCUCUUUAUUCGAACCACAUCAGUGGUUCCAUCCCUUCUUCUCUGGGUAAUUUAACCAAUUUGGUCACUUUGUCUCUUGAUUCGAACCACAUCAGUGGUUCCAUCCCUUCUUCUCUGGGUAAUUUAACCAAUUUGGUCACUUUGUCUCUUCAUUCGAGCCACAUCAGUGGUUCCAUCCCUUCUUCUCUGGGUAAUUUAACCAAUUUGGUCACUUUGUCUCUUGAUUGGAACCACAUCAGUGGUUCCAUCCCUUCUUCUCUGGGUAAUUUAACCAAUUUGGUCACUUUGUCUCUUCAUUCGAACCACAUCAGUGGUUCCAUCCCUUCUUCUCUGGGUAAUUUAACCAAUUUGGUCACUUUGUCUCUUGAUUCGAACCACAUCAGUGGUUCCAUCCCUUCUUCUCUGGGUAAUUUAACCAAUUUGGUCACUUUGUCUCUUGAUUCAAACCACAUCAGUGGUUCCAUCCCUUCUUCUUUGGAUAAUUUAACCAAUUUGGCCACUUUGUCUCUUCAUCAGAACCAAAUCAAUGGUUCCAUCCUUUCUUCUUUGGGUAAUUUAACCAAUUUGGUCACUUUGUCUCUUCAUUCGAACCACAUCAGUGGUUCCAUCCCUUCUUCUCUGGGUAAUUUAACCAAUUUGGUCACUUUGUUUCUUGAUUUGAACCACAUCAGUGGUUCUAUCCCUUCUUCUUUGGGUAAUUUAACCAAUUUGGACACUUUGUCUCUUCAUUCGAACCAGAUCAGUGGUUCCAUCCCUUCUUCUCUGGGUAAUUUAACUAGUUUGGUCAUUUUGUCUCUUGAUUUGAAUCACAUCAGUGGUUCCAUCCCUUCUUCUUUGGGUAAUAUAACCAAUUUGUUCACUUUGUCUCUUCAUUUGAACCAAAUCAGUGGUUCCAUCCCUUCUUCUUUGGGUACUUCCAAUUUGGCUAUUUUGUCUCUUCACUCUAACCAAAUCAAUGGUUCCAUUCCCCAAGAAAUAGGCAACAUGUAUUAUUUGAGGGAGUUGUACCUUAAUAAUAAUGAGCUCACUGGAGAGAUUCCAUUUGAACUUGGGUAUCUACAGCAUUUAGAGAUCUUGAAUCUUAGCUACAAUUCUUUACACGGUCAGAUCCCAAAUGGCUACUUAAAAUUUUCAUCUUACACAUUCCUGGGCAACAAAGAUUUAUGUGGUGACAUCAAAGGUUUCCCUCCUUGCCUCCCACACAAAAAUAGAUCAAUUGUCCACCAAAUAAAAUUUAUUGUUCUCGGCUUUUUGCCUGCGCUUGUAAUUCUUGGGUGUGUUUUCCUCUUUCAAAGCAGGGACAAGAAAACUAAAUCUAAUCCAAUGGAAACAAAGAAUGGGGACUUGUUCUCAAUAUGGAAUUAUGAUGGCAAAAUUGCAUAUGAAGACAUCAUUGAAGCAACAAAAGACUUUGACAUUAGAUAUUGUAUUGGAACAGGCAGUUAUGGUAGUGUUUACAAAGCACAGUUGCCUAAUGGUAAAGUGGUUGCCUUAAAGAAACUUCAUCGUUUAGAAGCCGAGGAUCCGACAUUUGGCAAGAGUUUCAAAAAUGAGAUCAAAAUGUUAACAGAAAUUCGACAUAGAAAUAUUAUUAAACUUUAUGGCUAUUGUUUGCAUAAAAGAUGCAUGUUCUUGGUCUAUGAGUACAUGGAAAUGGGAAGCUUGUUUUCUAUCCUAAGCAAUGAUGAUGAGGCUGUGCAAUUGGAUUGGAUGAAAAGAAUGAUUGUCGUCAGAAGUAUAGCACAUGCCUUAUCUUAUAUGCAUCAUGAAUGUGUCCAAGUUAUUGUUCAUCGAGAUAUAAGCAGCAACAACAUUCUAUUUAACUCUGAGUUGGAGGCUUUUGUCUCUGAUUUUGGCACAGCUAGACUUCUUGAUUCGAAUUCCUCCAAUCAAACAUUACUUGUUGGGACUUAUGGUUAUAUUGCUCCAAGUGAAUUUUCUUUUCCAACUAUACCAUAUUUCACAAUUAGGGUUUUCUUGAUAAUCAUGCUACUUAGCUUACUUUAUUGUUUUGUUAUAUGAACCAAACCACAUAUUCAUGGUAGCAAACAAUCAUUUUCACAAUGGAAUUUUAUAUAAAAACCAACCUCUUCAUAAAAAAUUUAAAAAUUCACAAAGAAAGAGUUCAAAAGAAAAUU